AUGACAUCUUCUAUUAAUCUCGAAUCUCGAAUCAAAGGUGCUCUCAUCGGUGUCGCAGUGGCGGAUGCACUUGGAGGACCAGUCGAAUUCAAAAGACGAGGAACUUUCCCCAAAGUAACUGAUUUACAGGAAAACCUUACCUUUGGAUUACCUGCCGGAGCAUGGACCGAUGACACCUCCAUGACCCUCUGCCUCGCCAAAUCCCUCAUAGACACAAAAUCCUUCUCCUCAGCCUCCCAACUCCAAAACUACAUCGCCUGGUUCCACUCCGGCUACCUCUCAUCCACAGGUCACUGCUUCGACAUCGGAAACCUCACUCGUAUCACACUAUCAUUCUGGAGCAGCCACAUUCCUAGCAAACCCGUUUCAUCCAAGGCAGCUAAUAACCUCCCGUCGGAAGAGACAAUCGAAGAACUACAGAAGGGCCUUAAUAAAUCCCAUGCUAGAGAGGUUUAUUGCGGUAACGGUAGCUUGAUGCGCACUGUUCCAAUCGGAUUGUUUUAUUAUUCAUCCUCUGAAGAGGAUAUUGUCAAAUACUCCCACUUGGCGAGUCAACUUACUCAUCCGUACCAUACCAACGGUGAGGCAUGUGCGGUAUAUUGCAUCCUCGUGGCAUACAUCCUGUCCACGGGCGAGACGAGCACCGCAACACCGAGCAAAAAGGCAGUAUUUGAGAAAUUCAGGACAUUUGAAUUCCAAAAUAAAGUUUUGAAGGAUAGAUUUGCGGUUUAUGAAACACUUGAGGACUUUGAAAGUCGUGAGGAGAAAUUGAUUUCGAGUUCUGGGUUUGUGGUACACUCGCUCGAAGCUGCUUUGUGGGCUUUCUUUUCGACGGAGAGUUGGGAGGAAGGCGCGCUUAAGGUUGUGAAUUUGGGUGAUGAUGCGGAUACUGUCGGUGCCAUAUACGGUGGUUUGGCCGGUGCAUACUACGGACUCGAAGCUAUUCCAGAAACAUGGAGGGAGAGACUGAUGCUAAAGGAUGUUGUCAACGAAAUAGCGGAAGGAUUGUGGAAGGUCAUUGUCGAGCGGGGUGACAAUUAA